CUUUAACAGAUUAUCUGUUAUCCAGAAAAGUAGCUUUUGUACGGUCCCUGUAAAGUUCACGUGACGAAUUAUAUUUACGUCGAUAAAAAAAAAAUUUGUAAAACUUACAUUCAUUUACUCCAGUAAAUUGAAAAAAUGUAGAUAUUGUUGGACGAAUAUGUAAUAAAAAGGAAAUAGCGGAUAAAAAUGUAGGAUAUACGAAUGGACUGAAGUGCAGGUGCCAUCGGCAGUAGCUGUAAUGGCGGUUGUCGGAAAAGCGAUCGUAGUAUUAACUUCCACAAUGUCGGAAGAAAACGAACAUACUUCUGAAGAAACUGAGACAGAAAUGAAUACGGAAAAUCACGAUAAAGAACAAUCGAAAAGUGAAACGUGCAUGUUAAACAAUGAAACGGAACAACCUAUGUUGGAAGACGAAGAAAUGCCAACGUAUAUCAGUGUAUCUACUCCAUCGAAACGCGAGGAUUCGGAUAUCGAUAAUGCUAAACAACAAAGCAGAGUUCCACUGGAAGAGGAUAAUAGUCGAAGUCCUUAUCAUAGUGAUGAUCAAGGAGGAGGUAGUAUCUAUGUGUUAUCUUCUGGUGAAGAGAGUAAUCAUCCGUAUAAUGAUGAAGAUGAAGAUGAAUAUGCGGAUAGCGAAGAUACGAAUGAAAUGGACCUUGAGAAUGAACAUGAAAAUGCAAUGUUGGAAGAUGAAGAAGAAGAAGAUGAGGAUGAUGAUGAUGAUGAUGAUGAGAUAAAUCCUUUGAGACUGCAUAACGAUGACUACGAAGAUAUUGAUACGGAAUACGAACCGAUAUGUUUUGAUAGAGCAUCUGAUGAUUUUGUAUUAAAUAAUAGAUUGAAACCGCGACAUAAAGAAAAAAGUUUAUCCUUGCAAGAUUUGAGUAUUUCAAAGAAAAAUGCUCAUUUACGAUAUAACAAGAAGAGACAUAGUUUAAAUGCUUUUAGAUAUAACUAUUUACGUAUGCAACAAAAUCCGAUAUUGUAUCCUACUAUGCGGAAAAGGCAAAUGAUACCGUCUAAGUAUCAACACGUGGAAAGUAAAGUGAAACAAUACAUAAAGAAUAUGAAGGAACAGAAUAGAAGAUCGAUGGAAAAACGUAUGAAAGAACAAGAAUUUACGAUGAAUAAAAAUUAUGAAGAGAAUGAGAACUGUGACACCGAACGAUUAAAAAAUACGAGAAUAACGAAUAAAACUAUAAAAGAUUAUGUAGAAAAAGCUAUUCAGGAUUUACAACAGGAAGAAAUUGAAAGUAAUAAUUUGAUGUACGAUACGGCGCAAUUAUUAGAAAAUGGAGAAAAUAAUAAAACUUCUGAUAGAUUGAUUGAAAACCGAUAUAAACACGAUCGAAAAGAUAUUGAAUACAGUGAUGUUCGAAAUGAGAAACGUACGCAAAAUUCUGAUGAUAAAUUGGAAAAACGAAACGGUUCUGUAGACGUUGAUAAACAUCGUAUUGAGUAUCAAAAUACUUUGGAUAAAAAUAUAAAAUUCGGUAACGUAAAUCAAUCUUCUCUGGUUAAUAAUCAUCAGCCGACACCUACGUUUAUAAAUUUGCGUACAUUGAGCUAUGAGGAGUACAUGCAUGAUGUUUCUAAUACUGGUCAAAGAGAAGAAUUGUCCGAGCACGAACAAGAAAAAACGAAUGAAACUCGAGUAUAUAACGAAGCGGAAAUGAUUGGUUCGCAAGAAAUGGAUAACGGUAACGUUGAUUGUCCUUUGAAAAUUGCAAGCGUUAAAAGUAUCUGCGCGAUGCAAGAUGAAUCGGAAAAUUUAAAUUUUACAAAGAUGAAUACGACUGAAAAAAUAAAUAUCGAGAAUACCGAAGUGGUUGAAUUGAAGGCUCGGCUCAGUCAAAAAGAUGCGCAAUUUCAUAAUUUGCGAGAUGCUUAUCAAAAAGUAUUGACUGAAAAUAUAAAAAUGAAACAAGAAUUGGAUGUUUUAAAAAAUUCUUUGGCAAAAUAUAAAAAUGAAAAUAGAACGUGUGAAACGAAAAUUGCAUCUGUACAAACUGAAACGAUUAAGGAAUCUAUUUCUAAUCGGGAUACCGUAGCGGAGGAAACGAAUAAUAAAAUAUCUCGUAGUAGUGUUGCGUCUACGGGAAGUUCUAAUGAUCAAUGGAUGGAAAGUGAUUACAGUCCGGCUAUAUCUGUUAAACCUCCUGAUUUGACUCCCAUUCUUAAUUCGGAUGACAGUAUCGUACUCGCUGAUGCUAGCGUUCCAAAAAAAAUAAUGCAUCCGUUAUCUCGAACGUUUAUUACCUCGUCUAGAAUUUUACAAACGCUUUCGAAUAUAACGCAAGGUAAGACAAAAGUUGAAACUCCUUCGAUGAGAAGUGACAAGAAACGAUUGAACGAAAAAUCUUCGAAUAAAUCGUCAAAUUUGGAUUGCAACUCUCCGAUUCAUUCAUCCUGUUCCAAGAAAAGAAAAGCAACGGAAAUGCCUGGUUCUUCUACUUUCGUUAAACCUUUUAAAAUACCUCACACAACUGUGGAAUCUUUGGAAGGAAAAAAUAAUACUAAUGGUACGAAUGAUGUGGAAUAUAAAUAUUCCAAGGAACGUGUAUCGUCGAAAAUGGAAAGAGAGGAGGAAAGUACGGAGGUUAAUAAAAAUAUUAAUGGUCCUGUUUCUGUGGAAACUAAGAUGGAAGGAACGGAUGAUUGUGAGGAUAACGUAAAAUGCUUCGUAUAUAGAGAGGAUGAAAAUAGUAAAAACAAAAGUUUUCUGAUUCAAGCGGGAGAAUCGACGAAGAAUGAAUUGGAUGAUGAAAAAAAUCGUAUUCAAGAAUGUGGUCCGUAUUUGUUGGGUAAUCUUGAGGUACGAAUGUCUGAGAUAAACGGAACGAUAAGUGUAUGGGGUAAAGAGAUAAAUAAUGAGUAUACGAGUGAUAAUGAGGAUGAUGUGGAGGAAUCCGAAAAGAAAUCGUCUGAAAAGAAAACGUGCCAUUUUUGGUCGAAUACAUCGCAAACAAGAUUUAAUGGAAGUCCGCUUAUGUGUUCGACCAAUAAAAAGCAGAAAAUUCCGUUAAAAUUCAAUAGAUCCAAUAUUUCUCAGUGUUGCCAUUCUUUAUCGUUAAAUUCGAUAAAAAUGCAUCCUUCGGUGGAUGAUGUAGGUGACAAAAGACAUACGAAUAAUAUUUUCAGCCCGAAUACUAGUAUUUCUUCUUGUAAAAACUGCAAUUCUUCGAUGUGUCGUAAAGAACGAUCGAUGUGUAAAGAUAUUUCGCAAGAAAAAUUACAUUCCUGUUGUGUACAUCAUAUUGAAAUUAUGGAUAAGGAAUGCAGUUGUGGUUCGUAUCAUGAGAAACAAAAACAUGAUGUUAAUCUUAAGCAUUGUAAAGAUAAAUUUCACAAUAAGGGAAUUCGGAGAAAUUUAUGCAAAAAUAUAUUUACAUCGGAUUCGAAAAAUCAUUCGCAUGAAAAUUGUACUGCGAACAUCGAUAAAGGGAUUUGCAAAUACCAUACGUGUCGAUGUUCGCUUCAAAAUGUAAUGGACAACAACGGUUCACGUUCGCGAUGCUGCAACGCUGUUAGAGAUGUUUCUUGUACAUAUAAAUUUUCGGACAAUAUAAAUAACACGGAAAUCCACAGAAAUUCUGAUAGAUGUAAUCAUAGUUCUUCAAAAGAUGGUGAAGAAGAUCCUUUAAUUCCACUUAAACGAACUAAUGAAACGCUUGAAGCGAGACAACGAAGAUUAAGCGGUGGUAAAAGGGUGCGAGGAAUUCUUAUGGAUUUUUUAAAAGGAUGUGGAGAUUGUCGUAAUAAUAGUAGUUUAAGUAAAAAUAAUUGUCAGCAGAAAGAAACACCUUAUACGGUAAAUGAUCCUUCGCAAAUUAAAAUUUCUCCUUCUUUUAUACCCGAGCCUACGUGUUCUAGUUCCACGCAAUGCAAUGACAGAUGUUGCCAUGCGUAUGCGCGCAGGAUUGAAUCUCAACUCGAAGAAUUUCGAAUAGAAAUGGAAAGAAUACGAUCGCGCUCGGACGCGAUUCUAGAUAUGCUCGGUAUACUUCACUCUGUGGACAUGAACUAAGGAAAUUGAUACGAUUCUAAAUAAGUGCUUUUUCCUUGUACAAAUUAUUAUGUUAAUUUCUUUAAAACGAUAUUUGCACUAUCAUCAAAGGUUCUUAUUUACUCACUUCUACUUCAUUACACAUUAAAAAAUACGUGAUCAAUUUAUUAAAAUAAAAUACAUGAAUAAAAAAUG